GCCCCCAUCUCUUUGUGGAGUUGGCUUCCAGCUUUUCCCCCGUUACAAAACCCCCGGCAUGUCCUCUUUCUCCAUCCUGCUCAUAUGUCCUCUGCAUCUUUACCUUGCCCCCUUCUCUGAUCAUCUCAAUGUUUUAGAGAGAGAAUGUUUGUGUUUGUGUGCUAGUAGUCUGCUAGAGAGAGAGAAUAAAAAAGUGGGCAUGGGGAGCUGGCCGGCCUGUGGCCACUGGCCAUGAUUUCACCUCAGCAUCACACAGGUCAGGCUCAAUCAGGGUCACUCACUGGGUCCCCAGAUCAGGGCCCCUCCUCUUCAGCUUCUCUCACAUACUAGUCCCCAUGCUCGUCUCUUCUCUCACUAGACUCUGCCCCUGAACACUUCCCGAUAGAUUCCACCCCCUCUCUAUCAUCCUCGGCAUCCGCCCCGCUUUGCCCUUGUUAAUUGCAAAGGUUUAUGCAGGGAUAACAUUUGUGGGCAUCAGGGAUUAGUUUGCAGUUGCAGUUGCUCACGACACCAGUAGGAGGAUUUGUGUUCUUCUUCUUCUUCUUCUUCUUCUUCAGAGGAGGGAUGGGGAGCUGAAAUAGGUGAAUCCUUGUCAAAGUUCAUCUCUUUCUCUUUGUUUCGUAUCAAAGUUCAGUUGCUGAAUUUUACCUUCACGGUGUUUCGUAUCUUGGAUUUUGCCUGUUUUACCUGUGGUUGUUUGUUGUACAUUUGUACUGUAUGUACCCGUUGAUUCUUUCACACUAGAUGUUUCUUGAUGGGCCUUUACUACUUGUUUCUAGUACAAACCAAUCCCACCAUAAAUGCAAAGCCUAAAUUUCGGUGGGUUCUCAAGUUCAAAUCUUCUGGCCCCAGUGUGAUUUGGUCUGUUUGUGUUCAGUUCAGGACUCUAUAGCUUGCUUGCUUGCCGCUGCCGUGGUGUCAGUGUGUGAGAGAGAGAGCAAGAAGAGGAGAGGGUGAGGGAUGGAAGGGGACAGCUUCUCCGGCAUGGCGAACGGCGGCGGCGGCGGGCAGGCGGACGGGAAGCUGAUCCAGACGUUCCACAAGAGCUUCGUGCAGGUGCAGAGCCUGCUGGACCAGAACCGGCUGCUCAUCAGCGAGAUCAACCAGAACCACGAGUCCCGGGCGCCCGGCAACCUCACCCGCAACGUCGGCCUCAUCCGGGAGCUCAACAACAACAUCCGCCGCGUCGUCGGCCUCUACGCCGACCUCUCCGCCUCCUUCGCCCGCAACAUGGACGCCUCCUCCGACGGCGACUCCGACGGCACCGCCACGCUCCGCGCCGCCGACGGCCGCGCCGGCCAGAAGCGCGUCCGCCCCGGCUAGCUAGCUCCAUCUCUUGGUCUUGCCACUACUAGGCUUAGGCUUAGCCUUUUUUCUCGCAGUUCUCUCUUCUUGUUCAUUAAUCCUCCUUGUCCUUGCUGCAAAUGCUUCAGCUGCAUCAGUGAUUAAUUAGUGUAUGAUUAGUGAGAAACAGAAAGCUGUUAUGUGGUAGUUGCUGCAAUGAUGGUGAGACGAGAUGUUCAUGUGUGUUGGCAUCCUUGCUGUUACUGUUAGCAUCUGAAAAUUAUUUCCGUGCCGGUUGUUCGAGUGUACUAGGACUUGGGUGAGCAUGUCCAUUGCAGCUCCCUGUCACUGUAGAUGGAUCAGGUCAGGUAGGCAGUUCAUGUCUAACAGGACAGACAGAUCUUGAGGCAGCAGCAUGUAUCUCAGCUACCA